AUGUGGACAAUAAAUGAUUUCCCCGCUUAUGCAAUUUUAUCUGGUUGGAUCACGAAGGGAAAGUAUGCUUGCCCUUGUUGUGCUGCAGAAACAGCGUCGAGAUGGCUAUCCAAUGGGCAAAAGUUUUGUUAUAUGGGACAUCGGCGGUGGUUAGCAAAAGAUCAUCCAUAUAGGCUCCAAAAACAUCUAUUUGAUGGUACCUUAGAGCUACGUGAGGCUCCUUUAUCUACAAGUGGGUCAGACAUCUUGUUGAUGUUAAAUGAUGUGCAAUAUAGAUAUGGGAAACGAAUAAAACAAAGGCUAAGAAAAUCAAAGGCUUCUUGUAGCUCAAAGAAAAGACAGAGGCAAGAAUCCAAUUUUCAAGAAGAUAGUGUCAUGGACAAGGAAGAAGAUGAAUCACAAGAAGCAGAUUUGUGGAAAAAGAGAAGUAUAUUUUUUGAUUUACCAUAUUGGGUGCAUCACCUUCUGCGGCAUAAUUUGGAUGUGAUGCACAUUGAGAAGAAUGUUUGUGAAAAUAUUAUUGGAAUCUUGCUUAAUGUUGAUGGGAAAUCAAAAGAUAAUUUGAAAGCCAAACUUGAUUUGGUAGAUAUGGAAAUUCGUCAUGUUCUUCAUCCUGAAUAUCUUCCUAAUGGAAGAAGAAGGUUGCCUCCUGCUGUUUAUUCAAUGACAAAAGGGGAGAAGGAUGUGUUUUGCCAAGUCUUGAAGAACAUUAAAGUUCCGGAUGGUUAUUCCUCAAAUAUAUCAAGAUGUGUGAACCAAAAGGAACGGAAGCUACAUUCUCUAAAAUCACAUGAUCAUCAUAUACUACUCCAUGAUUUGCUUCCAAUUGCUUUACGCUUAUCAUCAUCAAAACAAGUGAUGUGUUCCAUUUCCGAGCUUUGCAAUAUAUUCAAAAUUCUUUGUGGUAAGGUUCUCAGCGUUGAAGAGCUCGACAAACUUCAAUAUCGAGCAUCGAUGGUUUUAUGUCAAUUAGAGAAGAUUUUUCCACCAUCUUUCUUCACUAUAAUGGUCCAUUUGCUUAUUCACCUUCCAUUGCAAGCCAAACUUGGUGGACCUGUCCAUUACCGAUGGAUGUAUCCAAUUGAACGGUUCUUGUUGAAGUUAAAGAACUAUGUGCGGAACAAGAAAUAUCCUGAAGGUUCUAUUGCCGAAGGUUAUUGGGCAGAGGAAUGUGUGACCUUUUGUUCCCGAUAUCUGGAAGAUGUUGAAACAAUAUUUGAUAAACCAUCAAGGAAUUUGGGAGAAGUUCAUGAUGAGGUUUCUCGUGGAAGAAAUGUGACCGAAGAAGUUAGGUUCCUUGCACAAGGACCAAACCAAAUUGUUAAGCGAUACAAAGGAUAUAUCAUCAAUGGAUUUCGCUUCCAUACCAAAUCUCGUGAGAGAUUAAGGAGGACUCAAAAUUCCGGAUGUGUUGUUACUUCUUCAACAGUGAGUUAUGCUAGCGCAAGUGAUGCGAACCCCGUGCAAGGAAAUGUUGACUAUUACGGGAUUUUGAAUGACAUAAUUGAGCUAGAUUACUUUCAAAAAUUCAAAGUUGUGUUGUUUCGAUGUGAUUGGGUUGAUGUUACUAAUAGUCGGGGUAUUAAGAAAGAUAAAUAUGGAUUUACCAUGGUGAAUUUUUCUAGAUUAAUCCAUACAGGUGCCAAUGUCAUUGAUGAGCCUUAUGUAUUUUCAUCACAAGUGAAGCAAGUAUUCUACAGUAAAGAUCUCACCGAAUCUGGAUGGUAUGUUGUGAUACGCAAUCAUGCUAGGGAAGUGUAUGACAUGGGUGAUGAAUCGACAGAAAGUGGUCCUCGAACUGACUGUUUUCCUACUAGUAGUGAAGGAAUUUUAUCUUCUAACGAUGAUGAGCAAUGGGUUCGUGAAGAUGUCAAUGAGGAUGCUCAACUGCGGGAUUUGUCAAGAUUUGCUGAAACUAGACAACAACUUCUGUCAGUAAUCCCAAACCAUUGGACAACCUUGAUUGGCUUUGCUGUUGCAAAUAAUUUGAACUGCAAACAACAUCAAGAUGCCAAGAUCAAAAUUGAAGGACAUGAAGGGAAUCCGAUCUGA